UGAAAGCCUGUGGUUAGUUUUACACUUUGGUACAAACUGAAAUUUUUAACUUUUUCUACUUUUUUUUUUAAGGGGAUAUACAUUUGUCUCAUAUAUCAGAACAUUUUUGGUGUUGUAUCAUCAGUUUUUGGAGCUUAAAGGUUUAUUGGGAUGUCUGGAUCAAGGAGGAUGCCAGGACAGUGAAGCUGCCAGUUGUGAUAAUGGACAUUUUUUGUUGAGAAGCAGAGCUUGUGUUCUUUAUUGUCAUCAUUCGCGAUGGGUCAGCGACUCAGUGAGGAUUCGGACGAUAAAGAGAUUGAUGUUGCUGAACUGCAGGAGUGGUAUAAAAAGUUUGUGAUUGAGUGUCCGAGCGGGACGCUCUUCAUGCACGAGUUCAAGAGCUUCUUUGGUGUAACGGGAAACCCAGAAGCAGCUGAUUAUAUAGAAAACAUGUUUCGUGCUUUUGAUAAAAAUGGGGACAACACUAUUGAUUUUCUGGAAUACGUUGCAGCCUUGAAUCUAGUGCUGCGAGGAAAGUUGGAGCACAAACUGAAAUGGACUUUUAAAAUGUACGACAAGGACGGGAGCGGCUGCAUCGACAAAACAGAGCUCAGGGAGAUUGUGGAGUCAAUCUACCGACUAAAGAAAGCCUGCCAUGGUGAACUUGAUGAAGAGUGUACCCUACUGACCCCAGAUCAGGUGGUGGACCGAAUAUUUGAGCUAGUGGAUGAGAAUGGAGAUGGGGAGUUGUCUCUGGACGAGUUCAUCGAUGGGGCACGACGUGACAAAUGGGUCAUGAAGAUGCUGCAAAUGGACGUGAACCCUGGGGACUGGAUCAAUGAACAGAGGAGCCGCAGCGCCAACUUCUGAACUCCAUAUUCCCCAAAACAACUCUUAACAGAAGCCUACACCUCAACCAACAUAUACAGAGCAUGCAUAGCUUCAAGUACAGUCUUAGUCGUGGUUCAUUCAAGUAAAUUUAAAGCUGCAGUCCGUAACUUUUUUGGUUGAAAAAUUAUCCAGAAUCAAUAUUUGAGCAAACUAUCGCCUUACUUUAGCCGAUUCACAAUGGUUAAUUUAGAAUAAUGUUUUCUAAAUUGAGUGGUAUGGGUAGGUUUUCGCGGAAAAUUUGAGCAUGACACUGCGUCAUUACGUCACGUCUGUAAACAUAAAGAAGUUGUCCCGGCUACUAUGCUAGAACAUGUGAAGAUCCUGCAGGUGGCUGACAUUUUAUUAUAGCCUAUUCCCACAGCAGUUCAAAAAUUAUCUUAUUGGCGGAUUGUAAUCAAGAAAGGGUUAAUUAUAUGAAAUUAAUGUAUGAAUUAAAUUAAAGUAUAUUCCAGUUUUAAAUGUGGUUCUGAUUACAGAUAACCUGGGUUCACACAAGAUGUGUAUUUUAAAGAAAACCAGUUCGAUGGGAGCAUGGUUUGCUUUUUGGGUUAAGAUAAUUUCUUAAUAUUAAACUUGAAUGAUGUGUCAAUAGAGAUUAGACUGUACAGACAUUGAAAUCUACAUUCUAAUACACACUAUACUCAUAGUCUUGCAAUUCGGAUGUUAUUAACAUUAAUAAUUUGAGUAUAAAGUAUAACAAUAAUGAUAAUGAUAAUUUGCAGGGUUUGAUGUGAUAUGAGCCAAUCGAUCGUUAGAUUAAAUCACAAUUGGUAGCACGAUUUACUGUAAUGGUUUUUUCCUCAGUUGGUCAGAACAAACCGUGGCAGUCUUGUUACUUACUUGUUCAGAUGACAAUAUGUGGGUAAAUUUAUUAUUUGGGUCAUAUAUUCCAAGACUGGAAUCUGUGAUUACUAUAUACAGUGAAUAUCCACACUGGUGCAGUGACUGAGAGCUACACAUCCACCUCAAAAUAGAUUCAUCCGCGCUGGAUCACAACCCACGCAUGGAAUAUAAUUCUGCAAGGAUCUACAAUUCCAGGUUUUCAAACACUGAUAGCGACAAAAAGGCAAAAUUUAAAGACUGCAGCUUUAAGCCAUCAGCACUUUGUUUUCUAAUGUAGUGGUGUAACUCCAUUUUUUUUGACAAACAUAAUUUAUUCUAUAAACGUAAAUAUUC